AUGCUUAUGAAUUUUGACUUUCUUUUGGUUUUUAUUGUCUCUAGGUUUCCAAGAACUCAAUGUUGCGGAGAGGCAGAGUGUGCAAGAAAUAACGAAAUCCUGGUUGUUCUGUUUCCUAGAACAAAAGAUGAACCUGAUGGGUUAUCUCCCAGUGACCUUGUGCCAGCUCUUAGAUGGUUCAAACGUUGCCGUCAUACCAGCACUAGUCUCCUGAUUAAUCCUUUUAGAUCUUCAGACUUGCUGCCAUCGUGUAAAGAGCAAUUAUCUUUUGGUGGCAAAGGCCAUUCUGGUAUGAAGGUGCAUAAAGCAGCCAUUGCUUCAGGAGCCAGAACAAUAGUCCUUGCGCCUUUUUUUGGCUCUCUCCUUGGCUGGUUAGGUGCUCAGUGCCAACGAGCCACUUUGUUUACAAGCAUUAUGACACGCCUUGCUCAAAGAGCUGUCCCUGUGCUUGCAAAUGAUACUGCCGAGGAGCUAGCUGCAAGGGUUCUCCAAGAGGUGAACAUACAACAAAACCAGUGGACACAUUUCCCAAUCAACCACCACCCACAUAUAUCGAACCUAGAAAGCAUGCCUCACUAG